AUGGCGCUGCCUGCCGAUCUCAGCGCCCUCCUUGCCGAGUUCAUUGAGCAGGACAUCCGUCUGCAUCAGCAAUUGGUUUCAGCGGCCGCGAACGCGGGCGACAACCAGAUCCACGCCCGCGAGGAGAUUGUGAACUGGAACCUUCUCGGCCAGCUCCUGCGGGCCAUGGCCCACGACACAUCAUCGGCAGACCCCUGGAAGCGGGUGGGCAUCGCCCAAUUCGAGGGCGACAUCCCAACGACAGAGUUGUUCGACCAGCGGGUGACAUUUGGGAACUUGAUGCCCACGUUGUCCCACAACCCCGAAUGGACGGAGGAGGACAAGGUAAGGGCCCAGACGUUCGCGCAGCAGCUCGAGGAGGAGCGCCGGAAGGCUUACCAGAUGCAGUGCAAAAGCCCGGACACAGCAAAGGAGUGGUUGGAGACGAUCGGGGAGUCGGACUUGGUUAUGCGGGCGCCUUCGGACAACCACGUCUUCCAGAGCCUCAUGGCCACGCUCACCAAGCAUAUCUUGAAGCAGGAGCGCCCACCCAGCAUCGCAUUCCUCGUUCCGUUUGUGCCACUUCCUGGCUGCGACGCCCCCGAGUUGACCCUCGACCUGUGGAGCCGCCCGAUCUUUGCGCAGAAGUACAACAACAUGAUCACCCGGACCGAAUUUCUUCGGCAACCCACCCGUUGCGUCUUCCUUGGGGCGACGCUGAACUGGCAACCCACGUUGGCCACCCACGAGCCCGGUCACAUCAUCUGCGUGGACUGCGCAUACUCCGAGGAAGUUCUAACGCACAGGGCGCUUAUGAUGGCCCCAGGCUCGACAGCCAAGGGCCGUCGAUUGCUUUUCAUGGGGAUCUUCAACGUGGGGGCGGUGACGGCGCUGGACGUGCGUUUGUUCAUCAACCACCUCAAGCAGCAGGGCAACCUUUCGGGGGUUCUGAUUGGAACGAGGUCGCGAUUCAAGGACUCUGCGGGGAUGCUGAUCGACAUGGGCCACGCGCGCGCCGUCUCCCAGCUGUCGCAUAUGACGGACGAGGUCGCCCUGGUGAGCCGCCGCCUCGCGAUCAUGAAGAGCAGCCGCACGGCUAAGGACUGGGGGCGUGAAAUCACCGAGCAGGUGGGGAAGUUCCCGACGGAGGCCAUCGAGGGCAUUCGCUUCCGAGGUGCUCGCAAUGGUGGCCGGGCAUGGGUGAAGCCAGCGAUUCUCGACGCGCAGCUUCGCGCCGCCAGGGCCUGGGAGGCCGCUGUCGAUAUGCCUCGCCACCAGAAGGAGCACCUGACGCGAUCUGUCACUAUCAAGGUGGCGGGUUUCAGCUCCAAUCGAUCGGGCGUUUCGCUUGGGAUCCUCAUGGAACAGGUUGCCAGGCUUGCGGGGGUGACGCUGGAACGUCGCUCGGCGGACCAACCCCUUUUGGACAAAGAGUGGGAUCUGCAGAUUGCGACGAACGGCGUCUGGAAUGGCUCCAUCCUGAUCCAAAUGCCUGACCUCACAGCCGCCGCUGCUCUCCGAGAUUCGGCCCAGGGGUCCGGGUUCGAGGUCGACGGUUUGCGACGCGCCCUGGAGGCGGAGAUCUACCUUGCGCCGCUGGGCCCCCCGUCGGCGCUGAGGACUCAAUGA